AUGCCCGCAGUCGACCCCAAUGCCAUGAAGUCUCCCCCCGAGGGCAUCUACCGCACCUUCGACGACCUCCUCCUCGCCGUCCAGCGCGUGGGCAAGGACCAGGGGUACAACGUCGUCAAGCUGCGCGCCAGCAACUACCGAGACGGCAAGCCGACGCGGUACGACCUCGUCUGCGACCGCGGCGGCGUCAAGUACAGCAGCACCGCCAAGAAGCGCAACCCGAGCACGCGCAAGGUGGACUGCCCCUGGCGUGCGAAGGCCGUCUGCGAGGUCAACCUCGGCAACCAGUGGCGCUUCCAGGUCCAGGAGCACCGGCACAACCACGAACCCCGAGCUCCGCCGGCGCCCCCGGGCCAGGAGAACACCCCGAUCGCUCAGAGCAUACGCAGCCUGACCCAUAAGAUGGACCGCUUAGGCCACGAGAUGUCGCAAGGCUUCGGCCGCAUCGAGCAGCGGCUCGAGGGCAUCGAGAAGAGGCUGGAGGCCAUGGAGGCCCGCAUGAACACCGUCGAGGCGCGAAUGUCGGGUAUGGAAUCUCGCGGGACCGGCAUGGACGUUCCAAUGGACAACAUGGAGAUGGAAGGGACUAUGCUGGGCACAGCCGUCAUGUAG